CCAGACUAGGGCACUUUGGCAGGAGGCACUUUGGCAGGUCGCACUUUACUCGACUUGGUACUGCGCCAACUGAUUCCACGUCGUGCUGCUCACAGGUGAGUAAUUGUUCCCACUAGGAAUUCCGAGUGGAUGACUAUGGACAAAUGAGGCAAGUUCGUACCCUACAAAAAACCAUGCUUCGUGAAGCGUCGGGUUUUGACGUACUAUUUGUUUUCAUUGAAUUCGCCUGGGUAUCAACGACCAGUAUUGAAGAUGAGGUCCAGUUGGUGACGCGACGCAAGGCGGCUCUCUUUCACCCAACUCACUGGGGACCACUCCGUAGCAUGCCGAAAGUCGAGCAGAACAUCGCGCUGUUACUUGUAAAAGCCAGGCAACGCAGUGAAGACCUGAAGGAUGACGCAAGCGCUAACGAGAAAUCAUAUACAACCUGCCACAUCCCACUCAGCGCCACGAUUCGGGUAGACGGGGGUCCGCAACCCGCCGUCUCAUCACAAGAUUCCGCCGCACUGCGGGAUGCGGAAAUCGUCUAGGUCAAGAACUUUAUCUUGGGACUCGUCGUAACGGGUUAGAGGCAUCUUCCCGAUCUAACAACGUUAGGUAACUGAGUAUCUGUGGUCUCACUACGGAUUACUACGUAGGCACGACGACACAGUUGGCCAACCACUUGAAGAUUGUCGACGUUGUGGAGGGAGCCGAGAAGGGUGAAAUCGUACCGGUGAGGGAUGCGCAUCCGCCCCCCCUCGCCCCCCCCCGAGUCUGAUAAGGGGUUUGAUAAGGUUUGCUGAGGUUAGGAAGAUGGAGAGGGUGGCUAGUGGCGUGUUUAGGAGCUGAAGGGCCUUGAUGCUGUUCAUCAUGCUUCACUGAUACGUCCUACUUAGUACACCCACCCCUCCAUACACAGAAUCCCAG